AUGGGUCUACCGGACGACAUUUUGUCAGAAUGGGUCCUGGCCAACGUCAAGAAGUAUGAUCGCACGCUUGUUGGCGAACCGGUCAACGGUACCAGAAAAAUCUCCGGUCAACUCAUGUCACCUCCGGAUACUGUGAUGGCAUCCAGCGCGUCAUCCUGCUCUGUGCAAGUCGCACAAUCACAUCCUGACCUCGAGGUACCACUCCAUCUGUACUCCAUGCAGGCGUUCGAAUUUCUAGGAUUCACGUCAAGCGCUGCAGAGUCGCUCCUCGCUACCUGGACCCGUGACGACGAAGCCGACCUCGAAGACGUGAUCAUCCGUCGCAUUACGUACUUCAGCGGUCAUGAGUCUGAUGACGAGCGGACCAUUAUGAGUAGAAUCGGAAUUUCCGCGGAACUACAAGAGAAGGUCAUGGACCGUGAGUAUGAAGACGUGAGAAGCACCCAGUCGUUGAGUUACUGGUUACUGGAGACUAUGUUCGAAAACCUUUGGACUCUCAAGAAUUUGAAUGAACGACUUCACCGAAACCUGGCUGUUAUUCAGUCCGGUAAGACCCCGUUCGCUUCGCUACGUGGCGGCGCCCCUGAGGACAGGUCAAAGUACCACUUGACCCGAGUUGGUCAUUCAACUCUCUUCCGGUCAACGUCAGCAGCACAACUCGAGAGUGUCUUCACGCAACGCUCGCUUGAACCCACACCUUAUACAAGGGAAAAGCUCAACAGCCUGGAGCAUACGUCAACGUUGAGCCAACUACUUUGCACGUUUUUACCUUGA